ACGGACUGGGAACGCCCAGGACCUCGUUUAGGUGUCCAAGGCAUCCGCCUGUUGGCAAACAAAUUAGGACACGCGGUAAAAGUCAAGCCAGGCUUUAAACAAAUUAACCUGUCGGCCACAGUUGAUGCUUAUAUCUGUGUUAGGUCUCUACGAAGUGGAAAAUUUUUAAAAGGAACUGGCCGAGGUCCAUCAGGCACUGAUGCGGACGGCCACAAGUUCUGGAUUCCGUGGUAGGGAAGGUGUUGGUGGGCUCCGGGUUCGAAGCGAGCUCCGCGUGGAACUUCGCGUGUCGGGAGGUGCGGAGCCGAGUCGGCGGAGUAGCCAAGGGCCGGCCUGUUUCCCGCGACCUCUGUUGUAGGUCGAGAGAGGAGUGCAGGCCAGGCGAACCGGGUAACGGAGUUCCAGCCCUAGCCUGGAACGGCCACGCCCACCUGCUGCGAGAGGCUGGACCGAGGAGCGUAGGGUGGCCGGCCGGGGAGAACCGAGCUGUCACGCGCAAAGGAAGAGCAUGGGUGAUGCCGGGCCCAAGAUGGAGGUGUGUCCUUACUGUAAGAAGCCAUUUAAGCGAUUAAAAUCCCACCUGCCACACUGUAAGAUGAUAGGACCGCCCAUAUCUGCUGACCAAAAAGUUUCUCACUCCAAGCUAGCUACAGUUGCAUGUGACAAAAAGGAAAAGAACCUUACCAAAGGCUUAGCCAAAGGUACGGGGAAAGAGCUAAAGACAGAGAGUUUGACAAAAAAUGUGAAAGCGGAAAACAACAGAUCAGAAUGGGCAGCUGCGACCUCUCCACUACCAGUGGGCAUCUUGGGAAGACUGGGUACAGCAAAAGCAGGAGGAGAAGCCACAGAUCAAAAUCAACUCUCCCUCCAAGCCCUCAGACAUGCCAAGGUAAAGGUGACUCUUAAGAGAGUCACAGCCCCUCAGCCUCCUGUGUCAGAUGCCACUUCUCCCAAAAGAGAACUUACCAGAGAUGAGGCUGAGUCCAAUGGAAGUCCUUGCCAUUCCUUAGAGACGGAAGCAGCUUCCCUAGUCAGCCCCGCUUCACUAGUCAGCUCAGAGGAACCUUUUUUAUCGAAUCAAGACAGGAAAUAUUCCUUGGCUCAGCCUCGGACUCGGCCAGCCACUUCUGCCAGUCUCAAAUUGGACCGAGUUGAUUCCCAAAGACAGAAGUGUCUGGAAGAAUUACUAGAUGGACCUACUAAUGAUGGUUAUUUUUCAAAGAGUAGCAGCUGUGGGGUUCAGCAAGAACCCUCAGUGUUGAGCAGGGAGAGUGGUUCCCUGGAUGGAGGUCAUCUCUCAGGAGUCCCUCCCUGCCCUGGCAACACUAACACUCAGAAGUCAGAAUCACUUUGGGGCCUUCACACUGGCCCACUGGGUAACAUUCAGGCCAGAGAGCACCAGAAACUUGGCCUUGGAAUAGAGUCGUGCCAGAGCAAGGGAAAUCCUGAGGACAGGAUGUCUGCCACACAAGUACAGGAACAGCCUUGCUUGGGCCGCAGUGGUAUGGACCCCAUUUCAACCACAAAGGCAAAACCGCAAGCCGAUCUUGCAUUUCCAAAUGUAUUUACUCCACCAGAGGGAGCUUUGAGUAAGCUGCUCUCUGUCUCAGGAUCAGCGUCUCAGACUCCCCCUUCUCUGGCUGUGAAGUCUACUCCAGAAGAGAAAGCCCAGUUCUAUGACCAGAGUCAAGGCCCUACCGGAACACUAUCAUUUGGAAGCGAAAGGAAUGUUCUCAAAGCCACACCUUUCCGCCACCCCCACACAGUUCAGACGGGCCACCACAUAGCGUCAUACUCAGCUUGGUACCCUGUUUCUAAGAGUUCCCUCUUCAGUUGUGCUGCUGCUGACUCAGAGGCUCCUCCCAGGCCCAUGGGACUGGAGUGGUUUCCAGAACUCUAUCCUGGUUAUAUUGAACUCGGGGUGUUGCCAAGGGGCCCUCAGCCAUGGAACCCAAUGUCUCAGAUUCUUCCUCUCACCAUUUCCCAGGGCGGAAGUACCUGGAAAGUUCCUUGGUUGGGACGAAGCUCGGCUGGUAGCAAGAGUUUGGAACCCCUGGCGCUUACAACUUCCAGCUUCCCUCUAAUGAGCCUCUUGGGAGCUGUGCACAAAGGCUGGGUGAAGUGCAACACCACCAUAAAGAAGAGUGGGGUCGGCGGCCUCACCAUGCUCUUCGCUGGCUACUUUAUCCUGUGCUAUAACUGGAGCUUCAAGCAUCUGAAGCUGCAGCGAUGGCGUAAGUGAUGGUGAGCACGAGGAUCUGGGAGCCAUGAGGAUGUGACAGAGACAACUGCAGAACCAAGGAAACACUUUAAAUGUGCACGGGGUCAGGGAGAGUGCAAGUAAUAAAAUGCUGAAAUCACA